UUUAAGAAAAAAGCAGAAGAAAAACUUCAUUAUUUGACUCGGUGCUUUACCAAAAACAACAUGAUAUGCGCUACUGCUAGUCAUCAUCACCUCUUCAGCAAAACAAUCCACCAAACCGAUUCGUCUCAGAUAAUACUUCCACUAAUGAAGGUUCAAGGGCUCCCCUCCUGGUUGUCAGUGGUGGUCCUCCUGGUGUCUUUGCAAACUUCAAUCUCACUGGACAUGGAUACAUUAAUUUUUGACUACUCUUCCAGAAACCUUUCUGCUGUCCCACCUGACCUCCCACCAUCUACUCAAAGCCUAGAUCUUUCUCAAAAUCAAAUUUGGACACUGAAGAAAUAUAGCUUCCAUGGAACCCCCAGGCUCCACUUUCUCAAUCUCUCCUGGAACAUUCUGAAAGAUAUUCAUCCAGACACAUUUAUUUCCACUCCCCUUCUGGCAACACUGGAUCUGUCCCACAACAGUCUGAAAAUGCUGUCCCACCAACAGUACCUGCUUCAAGCACAAAACCUACAGUACUUGGACAUGUCCUCCAACUUGUUUGCAGUUAUGGCACUGGGGGGUGAGUUUCGCAACCUUACGAAACUUCAGUGGCUUGGUUUGAGUGCCAGCAUCAUUCAGAACAGCAGCUUUGCUAACAUCUCUGACCUCCAUCUCCAAACUCUUCUCAUUCAGGCUGAAAAAUUGAUUUUGUAUGAAAAAGGAAGCAUCACUGGUGCAAAGGCUGACAAAAUUGUUGUCCAAAUGCCCAAUAAUUCAUUUAAUCUCCCAGUAAUUGUUGAUGCAUUGACAACCUUCAGAGAAGUAGAGCUGAGGGGGUUACACAAUCCUGAGGACAUCUUCAGAACACUCAAGUCACACCGAGUACACAUUCAAACGGUUGAUUUACAUUUAUCUUCUGUUUACACUACCUGGAAGGUAGUAACAUCCUUUAUCAGCGGGGCCUUAAUGUUAUCUAUCCGGCAGAUUAGUGUGUCUAAUCUUAUUCUUCACAAUAUGGAAGGACAUUUUUAUGUGCCCCUAGGCUACUCUUUUGAUUCCUUCACUAUUAGACAGGCAUCAGUGACUGUGUUCCUUUUUGAUCAGCAGAUUUUUUAUGACUACAUCAUCAAUAUACCUACAAGAAACCUAACAUUUGCCCAAACACCAAUAGUCCAUAUGACCUGCCCACAUGCUGUCAGCAUGAUACAGGUGCUUGAUUUAUCUGACUGUGUCCUAACUGAAAAAGUCUUCAAAGAUUCCCAAGGGGAAUGUAAAACUUUGAUCAAUCUGGAGAAACUGGUGUUGAAGGGCAAUAACCUUAGAAUGUUGAUGCCACUGACUUCAAGAGUUCAGCUAAUGAGCUCUUUAAGAUACGUAGACUUAAGCCAGAAUUCCCUGACUUAUAAGGAAACUCAGGGUAGAUGCACUUGGCCAUCUAAAAUCACCCACCUGGAUUUAUCUUUUAAUGAGCUUGACCAGACAGUGUUUAAGUGCUUGCCAAAUGAUCUAGUCAAUCUCAACCUCCAGAACAACCACAUAAGUGCAAUCACGUUAAAUAUUUCUGGCCUGAACUCUCUCAAAGUUCUAGAUCUUACCGCGAAUCGACUAUUGGAUCUUCCCGACUGCCUGGGUUAUCCAAAACUGCAGAAACUAAUGCUACGCGGGAACUUCCUGCAUGCACCAUCAACGGAGACUCUCAAGACCUGUUCACACCUAACUGUAGUGGAUAUCAGCAUGAAUCCCUACAUCUGUACCUGUCCUUUGCGAGCAUUCACCAACCUUAUUGAUGACAAGGGUACACUGGCUGGCUCAAAUUCUUCGAAUAAUCAAAGAAUUACCAUGGCUCACUGGCCAGAUGAGUAUCAAUGUAGUUACCCAGAAUACUGGAAAAAAACUAUUCUUAAAAAGGUCAGGCUGCUGGAGAUCACCUGCAAUGCUGGCCUACUCGCAGCAGCCAUUUUGGUCCCAGCCAUAAUUCUGGCCAUUGCUUUUGGAAUUCUCUGCCAUCAACUAGAUUUUCCUUGGUAUAUAAGCAUGAUUUGGAAAUGGACCCGUGCAAAGCGUCGUGCCCGAAGUUCCCAGCAACGAGCAGAAGAUCUUCAGGGAGUAUGCUUCCAUGCUUUCAUCUCCUACAGCCAAAGAAAUGCCAGCUGGGUCAUAGGUCAACUUUUGCCCAAACUUGAAGGCGAGGAUUCUUCGUCCCAAAAUAGACUGAGAGUGUGUCACCAUGAGCGAGACUUCAUCCCGGGAAGACCGAUCUUAGACAACAUCCUCCGCUGCAUAGAACAAAGUAGAUGCUGCGUCUUCGUCCUGUCCUCUCACUUUGUCCAGAGUGAGUGGUGCCACUAUGAGCUGUACUUUGCUAGCCACCAGCGGAUAACUCGAGGUACGGACAAUAUCAUCCUCAUUCUGCUAGAGCCAUUGCCUACAUAUCUUAUACCUAAUAAGUAUUACCAGCUAAAGGCAAUGCUGGCCAGGCGCACUUACUUAGAGUGGCCCCAGGACAAGGCCAAACAGAGAAUGUUUUGGGCAAACCUGCGGGCGGCUCUGGAAGCUGAUCUACCAGAAUCUGUUGAGGGACAACGUGAAUGAGAGGACAAACCAAAUCUAAGAGGCUAAAUAUUGCACCACCACAACAAAUUAUGACAUAUGACAAUAAUUAAGUUCAAAACCGAUUUAUUUCUGCCAAGUCUCAAAUUUAGUUUAUGAGGUAUACAACAAUUUAACAUAUGCAAAAAUGAGCAUUCAAAUACAAAGUAAAAUAAUUCUAAAAGCAUUGCUAAAGAAAAAAAAGCUGUUGCUUGUUUGAAAUUAAAGACAUUUAUACAAUA